UGUGUAGUAGGAUGUUGUUGGGGAAUUGUUAGAUUACUGUUAUAGAUUUGUGUGUAUUAGGUAGUUGUCGGGAAUUGUUUAGAUUACUUGUUAGAUAUUAUUGCACUGUUGGAACUAGAAGCACAAGCAUUUCGCUACACUCGCAUAAACAUCUGCGAACCAUGUGUAUGUGACCAAUAAAAUUCGAUUUGAUUUGUCAAAUUAUUUCCAAUAUGGGGAUCACCAAUAUUUAGACGGCUAUGUAAGGUAGAUAACUUUUACUUGUCGACAUCUAAAUAUAACGUCCCUGACCCUACCGUGCACAUACCAGUGUUCGUAAUUGUCUAACAAAAGGGGGGCAUGGACAGCUGACGUGCUGGUGCAGUAUUUUGUCCUGCGGCGCAUCUUCAGUCCCGACUGAGAAGAAGACCGCGGCGUAGCUAUCUGUCUCAUCCUCGGACAGAUGACUGACUGACUUUACCUGCCAGGGACAAGCAGUGGUUUCAGUGCCAUCUUUCUUCACAGUCUGUGAUACCUGUGUUUGGGUUUGCAACUUCUUCAGCUUCACCUGUUAUUCACGUCGAAUGUCAAACAAAUAGCCUAGGCUACAAAAACAAUACGCAACAACGAAGGAAAGUGUUGUCGUUGGCAACCCGAACAUCUGGCUGGACAUUUGACAGUUUCUCCGAAGAUUUGUCUUAAUUCGAUUUACUUUUACCAGACUGACUUUUGAUGAGCACUGCCUCGUCUCGAAUAAAUCAGAGACAAACAAUGGCAUUGAUGAACUGACAAGAUAUCAAAUUAGCCUUUUGAAACAAGAUGGAUAGAAUUGUUCAACUUGUUCAACUUCUAUAGAUAGGCAGGUUUUCCCCCAAUUAUGAACAGCAAACCAUCGCCCAGGACUUGUAUUCUUCAUUUUAUAUUGUAUGCCUUCUGUUCAUGAAAAUAGAAAUGUUUUGUUUCUUCAAACCCCGAGGAUAUUCCAGGACCAGGACUGGGUCUAGAAAUGGGACAAUAUCCCGACACUCCUCCAACUCAACCUCAAGGCUAUACUUUACCUUUAUUCUGCUGCUUCUCAUCUUCACGCCUAGAGUGGAUUCUUCCUGGUGGUACAUUGGAGCCCUGGGUGCACGGGUGAUCUGUGACAACAUUCCAGGCCUGGUGAACAAGCAGCGCCAGCUGUGCCAGCGCCACCCGGACCUCAUGCAGUCUAUUGGGGAGGGUGCCAAGGAGUGGAUCCGCGAGUGCCAGCACCAGUUCCGCCAUCAUCGCUGGAACUGCAGCACGCUGGACCGAGACCACACUGUCUUUGGCAGGGUCAUGCUGCACAGUAGCCGGGAGGCAGCAUUUGUGUACGCCAUCUCCUCGGCAGGUGUGGUCUAUGCAAUUACCAGGGCCUGCAGCCAGGGGGACCUCAAGAUCUGCAGCUGCGACGCCCAAAAGCGGGGCCAGGCUAGUGACGACAGGGGCGAAUUUGACUGGGGCGGCUGCAGCGACAACAUCAACUAUGGCAUCAAGUUCACCAAGACCUUUGUUGAUGCCAGAGAAAAGAUGGUGAAGGACGCUCGGGCACUGAUGAAUCUACACAACAACCGCUGUGGACGAAUGGCCGUGAAGCGCUUUAUGAAACUGGAGUGCAAGUGUCAUGGCGUCAGCGGCUCCUGUGCCCUUAGAACCUGCUGGCUGGCCAUGUCGGACUUCCGGAGGACCGGGGACUACCUCCGGAAGAAGUACAACACGGCCAUCGAGGUAACCAUGAACCAGGAUGGCACCGGGUUCAUGGUGGCUGACAAGGACUUCAAGGGAACCACCAAGAAUGAGCUGGUGUAUGUAGAAAAGUCCCCUGACUACUGCCUCAUGGACAGAGCAGCAGGCUCCCUGGGAACAGCAGGGAGAGUCUGCAACAAGUCUUCUAGAGGCACAGACAGCUGCGAGGUCAUGUGUUGCGGACGGGGCUACGACACAAUGCGCGCCAAGCGAGUCACCAAGUGCGAGUGCAAGUUCAAGUGGUGUUGCGCCGUGGAGUGUAAGGACUGUGAGAACACUGUGGACGUUCACACCUGUAAGCCCCACAGGCGACCCGAUUGACUGGACCAAACCAGACGCUGAGGCCCAUUCUUUAAAAGGACGUAGUAGUGGUCAACUGCAUUGUGGGAUAUGUAUUUCCUACUCCUGACUCCUUACGCACUCCUUUCGGACCUCCAUUACAUCUGACAACCCCUUCUAAAGUGACAUCCUAAAGAACCUUUCCCAUGGCGCCGUAUCCCAACUUGGUUUGGAUGGUGCAGUGCUGUAUGGGACUGUUCGGUGGGAAGGCUUUCUAAGAGAAUGGUUGGGCUGGGAGAGGGGAUAGUUCCUAUUUAUGUUUUUGUUUGUUUGUGUUGAUUGUGUGCUGCUUCCAAGGUGCCGAGGACACUAUUUUUCUACAGACAUUCAUUCACACAGUAUCUGUUGUGGAAAUGCAGAACAGGACAUUGUACUGUGGGCACACCAGAGAUUGAGUUAGGAUUGUUGGCUGGUGUAUGUGUUGUUGUUUUUUUGCUUUGUUUAAGACUAUGUUCUCUCUAAAUCUGUGAUCACUUUGUUCAGUGUUUCAUUGGCCUUACAAUAGAAAGAGAUGAAGAACUGAAAUUGUACUCUGCUUGAUAUAAUGGAAAGACUGACAUGUAUUCAGUUGUUAGGAGUAAAAAAUUAUAUUUAAAAAUGGAGGACUUACCCUACUGGUAAAGUGUAUUGGGAUGGAUGUACAGCAGAAAGUCUAACGAUCAACGUUUACCGCGGGCCAGAGAGCUGCUCUAUAGACACUAAUGUAAAGUAGCAGUCAAAACAUUUAGACACACCUCCUCAUUCAAUGGUUUUUCUUUAUUUUUACUAUUUUCUACAUUGUAGAAUAAUAGUGAAGACAUCUUAACUAUGAAAUAACACAUAUGGAAUCAUGUAGUAACCAAAAAGGUUUUAAACAAAUCUAAAUAUAUUUUAUAUUUGAGUUGCCACCCUUUGCCUUGAUGACAGCUUUGCACACUCUUGCCUGUCUCUCAACCAGCUUCACCUGGAAUGCUUUUCCAACAGUCUUGAAGGAGUUCCCACAUAUGCUGAGCACUUGUUGUCUGCUUUUCCUUCACUCUGCGGUUCAACUCAUCCCAAACCAUCUCAAUUGGGUUGAGGUCUGGUGAUUGUGGAGGCCAGGUCAUCUGAUGCAGCAGCUCCAUCACUCUCCACCUAAUGGUCAAAUAUCCCUUACACAGCCUGGAGGUGUGUUGGGUCACUGUCCUGUUGAAAAACAAAUGAUAGUCCCGCUAAACGCAAAUCAGAUGGGAUGGCGUAUCACUGCAGAAUGAUGUGGUAGCCAUGCUGGUAAAGUGUGCCUUGAAUUCUAAAUAAAUCACUGUAUAAAUCUUCUGUAUACCACCUCUACCUUGUCACAACACAACUGAUUGGCUCAAACGCAUUAAGAAGGAAAGAAAUUCCACAAAUGAACAUUUAACAAGGCACACCUGUUAAUUGAAAUGCAUUCCAGGUGACUACCUCAUUAAGCUAGUUGAGAGAAUGCCAGGAGUGUGCAAAGCUGUCAUAAAGGCAAAGGGUGGUUACUUUGAAGAAUCUAAAAUAUAUUUAGAUUUGUUUAACACUUUGUUGGUUACUACAUGAUGCUAUAUAUGUUAUUUCAUAGUGGUGAUGUCUUCACUAUUAUUCUACAAUGUAGAAAAUAGCAAAAAUAAAGAAAAACCCUGGUAUGAGUAGGUGUCCAAAAUUCUGACUGUUACUGUAGCUAAAUACGAAGCAAAGAAAUUCAUUUAAAUAAAUGUUUCUGUUAUAAGAGUUAAGUGAAACAAACGUUGUCGACUGAGAUGGAUAGUAUGUCUCCUCUCUCUUCAGUGUGACAGGUACUCUUACAGUAUGUGCUAUCAAUCUAUUACUGUACGUGUUCCUAAAUGUAUACGGUGUGAUGGAUGGGAGCUGUCAUCUCUUAUUAUUUAUCACUGGUUUCCACUUACUGAAGCUGCUAGCUUCUACUGUAUAUUCAGAAAGUAUUCAGACCCCUUGACUUUGUUCACAUUUUCUUACAUUACAGCCUUAUUCUUAACAUUUUUCUCAUCAAUCUACACAAUACCCCAUAAUGACAAAGUGAAAACAGGUUUUUACAAAUGUUUGAAAAUGUAUCACAAAUAAAAAACAGAAAUACCUUUUUUACAUAAGUAUUCAGACCCUUUGCUAUGAGACUUGAAAUUGAGCUCAGAUGCAUUGAUCAUUCUUGAGAUGUUUCUACAACUUGAUUGGAAUCCACCUGUGGUAAAUGAAAUUGAUUGGACAUGAUUGGGAAAGGCUCGCACCUGUCUAUAUAUCUGACAUGCACAGUUGACAGUGCAUAUCAGAGAAAAAACCAAGCUCUGAGGUUGAACGAAUUGUCCGUAGAACUCCGAGACAGGAUUUUGUCGCGGCACAGAUCUGGGGAAUACCAAAAAAUGUCUGCAGUAUUGAAGGUCCCCAAGAACAUAGUGGCCUCCAUCAUUCUUAAAUGGUAGAAGUUUGGAACCACCAAGCCUCUUUCUAGGGCUGGCCGCCUGGCCAAACUGAGCAAUCAAGGGAGUGGGCCAUGGUCAGGGAGGUGACCAUGAACCCAAUGGUCACUCUGACAGAGGUCCAGAGUUCCUCUGUGGAGAUGGGAGAACCUUCCAGAAGGACAACCAUCUCUGCAGCACUCCACCAAUCAGACCUUUAUGGUAGAGUGGACAGACGGAAGCCACUCCUCAGAAAAAGACACAUGACUGCCCGCUUGAAGUUUGCCAAAAGGCACCUAAAGGACUCUCAGACAAUGAGAAACAAGAAUCUCUGGACUGAUGAAACCAAGAUUGAACUCUUUGGCCUGAAUGCCAAGUGUCACAUCUGUAUAAAACCUGACACCAUCCCUAUGGUGAUGCAUGGUGGUGGCAGUAUCAUGCUUUGAGGAUGUUUUUCAGCUGCAGGGACUGGGAGACUAAUCAGGAUCAAGGGAAAGGUGAAUGGAGAAAAGUACAGAGAUAUCCUUGAUGAAAACCUGCUGCAGGGUGCUCAGCACCUCAGACUGGGGCGAAGGUUCACCUUCCAACAGGACAACAACCCUAAGCACACAGCCAAGACAAGUUUCUGAAUGUCCUUGAGUGGCCCAGCCAGAGCACAGACUUGAACCCGAUCAAACAUCUCCGGAGACAUUUGAAAAUAGCUGUGCAACCUGUCAAAGCUUGAGAGGAUCUGCAGAGAAGAAUGGGAGAAACUCCCCAAAUACAGAUGUGCCAAGUUUUAAGGUCGUACUCAAGAACACUCAAGGUUGUAAUUGCUGCCAAAGGUGCUUCAACAAAGUACUGAGUAAAGGUGUCUAAAUACUUAUGUAAAUGUGAUAUUUCAGGUUUUUAUUUGUAAUACAUUUGCAAAAAAUUCUAACAUCUUGUUUUUACUUUGUCAUUAUGGGGUAUUGUGUGUAGAAUUGUAUCAAUUUUAGAAUAAGGCAGUAAUUGACCAAAAGCAGUAAAAUACAUGUGAUGAUCAGAACUACUUUUUAAGCUGAAUGAGGUGUCAGUUUAUGUUAAAAAGAUCAACAUUUUCAAAUGUAAAUGGUAACUGAUAUGAUUUUAAUGCAAUGUUCUCGAACGGUUGGGAGUGGUGGGUAAGUUGUAUUGUCAUGUUAGUUGAAGGGUUAUUGUCACCUUGGGUAAGACCCAAAAAUACCACACUUGUUCUAUAUUAAACCUUGUUGAUCCUUCUGUCA